AUGGAUUUAAAGAGUCGAUACACAAACUACGAAUUACGGCCAUUCUAUGCUGGAAGUGGCGCUGUCGCUUCUGUCUCGGAAGAUGGCCAACUUCUAGCAACAUCUGUCGUUGAUGAGGUAAACAUCAUGGACCUUGGUUCUACUAAAAAAAUCCUACACAAGAUUGAGAAUGACGAUGAACAAGAAAUCACGGCUCUUAAGCUUACUCCCGAUGGUAAUUAUCUAUGUUUUGUGUCACAGGCCCAACUACUACGAAUUUACGACUUGAAUGCGAAGAAAGUCGUGAGAUCCAUGAAGGUGUCCUCUCCGGUCUACGUCAUGGACUGUGACGCUAGCUCCACUUUGGUAGCCCUAGGUGGUACUGAUGGUAGUGUAACUGUGGUUGAUGUGGAAAAUGGAUACGUGACGCAUUCGUUAAAAGGUCAUGGUGGUACUAUCUCCAGCUUGAAAUUCUACGGCGAACUCAACAGCACAACUUGGAGAUUAGCUUCAGGUGAUACCAAUGGUAUGGUGAAGGUCUGGGAUCUUGUGCGCAGGAACUGUUUGCACACCAUUCAAGAGCACGCCGCUGCAGUUAGAGGCCUAGAUUUCAGAGUAUCUGACGCAUCUGAAGGCACAUUGGAACUUCUGUCUGGUGGUAGAGACGACAUUGUGAAUCUUCAUCAGCUGGAUGCAAGCAAGAAGGUAAAACUUUUACAAACCAUUCCCGUAAAUCAACAAAUCGAGUCAUGCGGAUUUAUUCAAGGUGCAAAAAAAGAGAACUUGUUCUACACCGCUGGAGGCGAAGCAGUUUUCCAGGUCAUGUCACUAGACUCGGGAUUCAUAAUCAAGAAAAGUAAGAAACCAGUGGAAGAGCUUUUUAUAAUAGGAGUUUUGCCCAUCUUAGAAGGAUCCAAAAUGUAUCUCGUGCUAUCAGACCAGACUCUAUUUUUGGUUGACAUGCAUGGCUCCUUCCAGGAACUUGAUGAUAGUAUCAUUAUAGAGCACAAGAUCGCGGGUAACCAUGGUACUGUGGCCGAUAUGAGAUUUGUGGGGCCAGGUCUUACCAUGCUAGCCCUCGCGACCAAUUCUCCCGCUCUCAGAAUAAUUCCUACCACCGAUUUCUUACCACAGCAAGAAGACACCGCAGGUGAGAGCAUAGGUAAUGAUGUAACUUCCAGAAGUUUACCCCUGGAAGUAGAACUUUACGAAGGCCAUACUGAUUUACUAAAUGCAGUCGACUCAACCGAGGAUGGGAAAUGGUUGGCUACUUGCUCCAAAGAUCACACCGCCCUUCUUUGGAGAUAUAAUUCCGAUCUUUCGAAAUUUGAAAUAUAUGCAAAAUACACUGGGCAUGCUGGAUCCGUCACGGCCGUUGGUUUACCUAACGUUGUGCGGAAAGAUUGGCCUGAAUUUAUCAUCACUGCUUCAAAUGAUCUAACGAUCAAAAAGUGGACUGUUCCUAAGCCAGACCGCGAAAACAGAGAAGUACACGUUAUCAAAGUAUCUGACUACACGCGAAGGGCUCAUGAGAAGGAUAUAAAUGCAUUGUCACUCUCGCCUAACGACUCUGUCUUUGCUACUGCCUCUUACGACAAGACCUGUAAGGUAUGGAACGUUGACAGCGGAGAGCUUGAAGGCACGUUGGCAAAUCAUAAACGUGGUCUAUGGGACGUAUCGUUUUGCCAAUACGAUAAGCUUUUAGCUACAGCCUCGGGAGACAAGACUAUAAAAGUUUGGUCUUUAGACACAUUCUCGGUGGUCAAGACGCUGGAGGGACAUACCAAUGCCGUUCAAAAAUGCUCUUUUAUCAACAAAAACAAACAACUCAUUAGUACGGGAGCCGACGGACUAGUCAAGAUAUGGGAUCUUUCGACUGGGGAGUGCAUUCGUACUCUCGAUGCGCACGAAAAUAGAAUUUGGGCCCUGAGUGUGUUGCAAGAUGGAGAAGAGUUUGCAACGGCUGACGCAGACGGUGUAUUCCAGUUUUGGAGAGACUCUAGCGAAGAAGAAUCAAAGCAGAACCUCGAAAACGAAAAGUUGCGCGUCGAACAGGAGCAAUCGUUGCAAAACUACCUUUCGCGAGGAGAUUGGACAAAUGCAUUUUUACUAGCCAUGACUCUUGAUCACCCUAUGCGGCUGUACCGAGUUCUGGAGAACUCUGCAUCCGCAAACAAUGAAAGCUCCACUUUUGUAUUCAACGAAGAACUAGACAAAGUCAUUGCCUCUCUAGACAACGAGCAAAUUUUGACUUUAAUGAAAAGAAGCAGAGACUGGAACACUAAUGCGUCUACUCACUCAAUUGCUCAGAAGGUCAUUCGGUGUAUUUUAAUGCGUCACAAUAUUGCUACUCUCAGCGAUGUACCAGGCAUCAUGAACAUCAUCGACGCAGUCAUACCAUAUACACAAAGACACUUGACCCGGAUUGAUGAUCUGGUCGAACAAAGUUAUAUUUUGGACUAUUCGUUGGUUCAACUAGAUAAAAUAAUGUAA